UUCGUUAGAUCUCUUGGUGUUUUUCAUCCAAACGCACCUUUAGAAGAUAAUUUUACUGGAGAACUACCCGUUACAUUCGCCAAGCUCACUACAUUGACAGAAUUCCGAAUUGAGGACAACCAAUUCUCUGGAAAGAUACCCGAUUAUAUUCAGAACUGGACAAGUAUUAAUAAGAUAAUGAUUCAAGGAAUUUCACGUUUGAGAAACUUAACAGAUUUGUAAGUUGUAUGUAUGAUAAAGGAAGGGUUGAAAUUUAAAUUUCAUUUUAAUUAUGUUUAUUUGCUUAGCUCUAAUUUCAAUAUGAUAUUCAGGAGAAUCAAUGAUUUGAAUGGAUUUGAAUAUGCACCUUUGCCUCAACUUAGUAAUCUGACACAGUUAAACAACCUGAUUCUGAGGAAUUGCAACAUCAGUGGAACUCUACCUGAAAAUCUUAAGACUAUGAAAUCAUUAAAAAUCUUAGACCUUAGCUUUAACAACUUAAGUGGAACAAUUCCGAGGACCUAUGCUGACAUGAACAGUGUGAAAUAUAUAUUUUUAACUGGAAACCUUCUGACUGGAUCAGUGCCGGCUUGGGAAAAGAAUGUCAGCGUAGAUCUUUCAUACAAUAACUUCAGCAUCAGCCAAGGGAGUCAGAUAUGUCAAGAUGAAAAUGUGAACUUGUUUUCGACCUCAUGGGCACGCAAUGGCACGUAAGUUUGGUAUUAUAAAUACUAAAACAUGCAUGUAUAUACACAUCCUUUCCAUUUCACUGGGAGGCCAUUCUAAAACACCUCCACAUAUACAAGGCUAAGGUUUUCUUCAUCACAUUAUUUUCCUAUUAUUCUCUUAGAUGCCUUUAAAUAUUUGUUUUAUCUAAGUCAUUAUUAAUUUGCUUCAAAUGUUACGCAAGCAUUUGCAAUGUCUUGAACAACCCUUGGAGGAUGAAGAUGAACCGGAGACUGAUCAUGACAUGAGUAUGUGUUUAUAUGAUGAUUUUCUAUGCCACAUUUACAAAGUUUGGUGUUUCAGAACUUCUCGGAACGAAGUUGCUACAGCUCAAUCCAUCCACUGUCAUUUUUCUGUCUUAUCCAACUUUUCUUUUGAUAAUUCCUAUGACUAACCUUUCCUAUUGAUGGAUUCCAAAAUCAUGCAGUGAACUGCUUGAUCCUACAUUUAUCUUUGCCUCAGACA